AUGUUGUUUAGUUCUGUGCUUAUGCUCAGGAGUUCUAGAUCAGGUUACAUUCCGUUUGAUCCUGAAAUCGAACGUUCUUUCCAUAGACAGAAGAACCUUUUUAAACAGGAACAAGCUACUCCCGAGGGUAAUACACCUUUGGAACCCCCAUCUUAUUCUAGUGAUAUAGAAGUUUCUUCGGAACCAGAAUUAGUGAUGGCUCAACCACCUCGCAAGCUCAGCGAUUAUUCGCAGCCGUCCCUGGUAGAUUUUCCACACCUUGCUCCUACACCAAAUCUCGAGGGAGUACAAUUCGAGAUUAAACCCCAGUUUAUUACUAUGAUCGAGAGGAAGAAAUUCAGCGGAGCUAAGGGUGAAGAUCCAAAUCUUCACAUCUUGGAUUUUUGCCAAUAUUCUAAAUUGUGGUACAAUGGAUUGAACAGAGCUGCACUUUGUAUUACUAACUGGGAAACUCUUGCUUUGAAUUUUUAUAAUAAAUACUACCCUGCAGAAAGGACAGCUUUGUUAAGGAGUUCGAUCCAAAAAUUUUCCCAAGAAGCAGAUGAAUCUUUAUACGAAGCUUGGGAAAGAUUUAAGGAUUUGCAGAGAGAAUGCCCCCAUCAUGGGCUAGCACGAUGGCAGAUAAUGCAAGCGUUCUACAACGGGCUUGGAUAUAAUUCAAGAAUGAUUUUGGACUCUACAGCUAACGGAAGAUUUAUGAAUUUGGAUGUGAAUAUAGCGAGCAAUGUUGUUGAAGAGAUGGCUAUUCAUAAUUCCCAAUUAAAUCCCAGAGGAUUUGCAAAUAAGAGAAAGCACCAAGUCGAUUCUAUAUCCUUUUUGCAAGCACAAUUGCCUGCUAUUAGCCAGAAACUAGACAAUAUUAAUAAUUCUAAUUCUAACUCAUCUUCCGUAGUGAAUGUUUCUGCAAUUGGUCAUUGGGCGCAGGAAUGUACUAGUUUGCUUGAGAAGAUUAAUGCUUUUCAGACCUAUAAGCAAACUAGCCCAUACUCUAACACUUACAAUGCAGGGUUGAAAAAUAACCAAAAUAUGUCGUACAAUGGUACGAAUGUGCUUAACCCCCCACCACAGGUACUACAACCACAACAGAGGUACUACCAACCUCCACAUCAGAGACCACAACAAGCUGUUACUCCUCCUUCUGACUCUGGCUUAUCAGAAAUCAAAACGAUGUUAGUUAAUAUGCAGAAACAGAUGCAGAUUAGAGAUGCGCAAAUUGACUCGAUACUAGCACAUAAUAAGAUCAUGGAUAAUCAAAUUGCGCAACUUUCCUCUUCUCUGCAAACUCGCCAGCAGAGAGCCCUACCAUCGCAGCCAGAUACAACUCCAAAGAAAGUUACAACUCAAGGCAAGAGUGGAGAUGUACAAAAACUAGUUAUCAAACUUCCAUUCCCAAAUAGACAUCUUAAGAGUAAGUUAGAUAAGUGGUUUAGUAAGUUUCUGGAGGUUGUCAAGAAUUUGCAGCAUUGUACCAAAAUGCUGAAUUGUGAUGCUUGGGAUGGUGGUGGCUACGAGUUUGAUGAUGAGGGGUAG